AUGACGUCCAACUCCCUAUUCGUGUUUUUGAUCGUCAUAGUCGCUGGCAACAUCAUCGCUACAGCCACCAGCAGAAAGGACUCCAACGGAACAGUUUCGCAAGUCAGGGGAGGAGACACUCAAAAUGAUACCAAACAUCUCAAAAAAUGCGAGGAUCGCCCAGAAUGCCCUGUUCAUAUCGCAAACGGAUUCUGUUACCGUGAGGAUAUCACCUAUGAACAAAAGAAGACCUACUGUCCUCGGGGUUGUCAUUUAUGUGACGAAUGA